UCUGUCAUUUUCAGCACAAAAAAAGCUCCUCUGUUUUUCAGUCAGUUUUCUUUUCUUUCCGUGGUUUUUCGGAAUUUCCAAUAGGAAUUUCAGAAUUCUGUUUAUUUUAGCGUAAAAAAUGGACUCCGCUAUGGUUUGCCGAUGCUGCCUGGCACGGCCUCCGGACAAAGACUUGAAGUUAUCCUACCAAAGGCUUGGGAAGAAUGAAGUGUACUUGGACAUGCUAAAAGAAUGUUUUGAGAUUCAUAUGCUAACUGGCGAGUGCGAGGGAGACAGUGGAAUUUGCGAUGUGUGCGUGGGCCGGCUGCGCGAUGCGAAUGACUUCAAAAUGCAGGUGCAGCAGUGUCAGCGGGACUUCGCCAGUUGCAAAGAUAUACUCGUCAAAGGAGAAAAAGUUAAAGUAAAGGAAGAGAUAGCAGACGGUGAUGAUGAUAACGGAAUAUAUUUCUUACCGUUAAAAGACGAGUUAUCCGAGUACGACGAACUAAAGCACGACAGCAGCGACGACGACAAGAACUUAGCGGAGAUGCUGUUCGACGGCGUCGGCCUCAAGAAGAAGCUUGCUAAGAAAAAGAAACGGUUGCUACUUGACAAAAGCGAAAAGAAACUCCUCAAGAACCCUCUCAAGUAUUCUCUCCGGACACUCACCGAAAAACUGAAGAAGCCUCUCUCAUGUCGAUACGUCAGCGAGAACAAAAUGCACAAGCUGAACGUAGAAAACAUCCUGAAAUACUCCAACUGCACUCCAUUCCUGAACAAAACCAUAGCGGGCAUAUCCUGUGCUUACUGCAAAGAAACAUACCAAGAUCCGCAAGAUCUGAGAGUCCACACUCAAGAAGUCCACAGAAAUGACGAGCUACAUGACAACAAACGAAUGGAUAAAAACAAUUUGUCCAUCAAAAUUGAUAUAACAGAUCUGAAAUGCAACAUUUGCAACGCCCACGCCGACACAAUAUCAUUAUUGAAGAUACAUCUAACAAACGAACAUGACAUCAAAUUUUAUCCGGACGCAAACGACUACAUCCUAGAAUUCAAAUUAACGGACACAGAAAUUUUAAACUGUGCGUUAUGUAACUCCACGUAUGAGACGUUCAAAAUGUUGCUACAACACAUGAACGGGCAUUAUAGAAACUACAUUUGCGAAGUGUGCGAUAUGGGCUUCAUAAAUAAGCACAGAUUGAAAAAUCACCAACGCACACAUGAUAUUGGUACGUUUAAGUGUUCAUACUGCGAUAAAGUGUUCACGACUCGAGUGAGAAAAGCCUGUCACGAAAAAUAUACUCACAACACUAGUGCUAGAUACACAACAAACUGCCCGCACUGCGACCAAUCGUUUACAAGCUAUUAUCAACGCAAUAGGCAUAUGUUUAAAGAACACAAUCAAGUGGCAGCGAGUUACAAGUGCAAUAUAUGCGUGAAGUCCUUCAUUUUGAAGUCUAAAUUAACGUCUCAUAUUAAAAAAGUUCAUCUUAUGGAGAGGAAUCACAUCUGUGCGGAGUGCGGUCAAGGAUUUUUUAUCAAGCAGUCGUUGGAUGAGCAUAUGAUCAAACAUAACGGUGAAAGAGUGUUCAAAUGUACAGUGUGUCAUAAGGCGUACGCUAGAAAGAAGACUCUAAGAGAGCAUAUGCGUAUACAUAAUAACGAUAGACGUUUUAAGUGCGGUGUGUGCGGUUCCGCGUUCGUUCAGAAGUGCAGUUUGAAGAGUCAUAUGCUAUCGAAUCAUGCUAUAACGCUGUCCGAGUAUGAAGCGGCCAGGAGUGAAGCGAGCAGUCCAUAAUUGGUAGGGAAUGGUAGCUUUAGUAGAAUCUUUAGCCGAAGUGGGCAGUGAAAGCUACCGUACCGAUCCAAGGCUACCAUAUUCCAGUUGGCGCCACUGUAGAGCCUUGUCACUAAAGUCCGGUCGAGCACGUAGAAUUACGUCCAAUGACCCCAAGCUACCUAUCC